UUUUUGGGUUUUUGCUGUUCGAUUAUCAGAGCGAAGUAUGCUAAACGUCUUGCCAGAUUGGUUGAAGAUCAUCUAUGUCGUUUUUGCCUUCUGUUCUGCUUUGUUCUUCGGUGCUCUUAAAAGUGUGUUGGUGGGUCCAAUUGCUGCUCUGAUUCUGAUUACAGGAAAUGUUGGAGUUAUUUUAGCUCUAUUUCCUACACAUGUUGCUUGGACUGUCUACACCCUUAUCAAGACUAAUAGGUUCGAUUUCCCGUUGAAAGUAGCAUUCUUGUUUGGUUUGCCUGCUUUAUUUGGGCUUUGGUUGGGUCUAAGCAUAGGAGGAAGUGUUCUUGUUGGAAUUGGCUAUGGCUUCUUUGCUCCAUGGAUUUCAUCUUUUGAAGCUUUUAGACAUGAAGAUGAAUCUAACAAGUUCUUCCACUCCCUUGUGGAUGGAACAUGGGGAACAAUUAAGGGAAGUUGCACGGUUGUUCGAGAUUUUGCUGAUAUUUGUUAUCAUUCUUACCCCCUUUACUUGAAGGAACUUCGUGAAUCGCCUUCUUCCGAUGAGCUUCGAACUCUUAGGUUCAUUCAUGUGCCAGCAUGCAUCAUUGUUGGAUUAUUGGGGCUAAUCGUUGAUGUUCCUCUUUACACAGCGAUCGCUGUCGUAAAGAGUCCGUAUAUGCUGUUCAAAGGGUGGCAAAGACUCAUCCAUGAUCUAGUAAGUCGCGAAGGUCCAUUUCUUGAAACCGCAUGCAUACCCAUUGCUGGAUUGACGAUUCUUGUGUGGCCGAUUGUUGUUAUUGGGAGUGUUAUGAUGGCGAUUGUUUCAAGCAUGUUCAUAGGUUUGUAUGGCUCGGCUGUAGUAUAUCAGGAAAGAUCUUUCAAGAGGGGAGUUUCGUACGUGAUCGCGAUGGUUGCAGAGUUUGAUGAGUACACCAACGAUUGGUUGUACCUUCGAGAGGGUUCUGUUUUUCCCAAGCCAAAAUACCGGAAGAAAAGAAUCCCUCAUUCACCGGAGAUAUCAGUUGGCGGUCGAUCAUCCGAAGCCAAACACAACGCUUUCCCGAUGCAGCCUCCGCCCGUAAUGCUUAUGCCGAGCCUAUCGUCAUCACGAUCAGUUCGGGAGGUCAUCAGGGAAGUUAAAAUGGUGCAGGUUUGGGAAAACCUGAUGCAGUCUUGUGAGAUGGCAGGAAAGGAACUACUUGAUGCCAAUGUGAUAACUCCCCGUGAACUUUACGAUUGGUUGAACGCCAAAAAAGGAAACGAAUCUGCCAUUGUUGGUAUUGGGCUACCUUGUUAUUCGUUCUUCCAGAAUCUUAUGCGAUCCAUCAAAGUUGGUUCGGAGGGUCUUGUUCUUCUUGACGGUUUGGAGAUAACCCAUUUGAAUCGGCCACAGGAUAGAUUACUGGACUGGUUUUUUCACCCGAUAAUGGUAAUCAAAGAGCAAAUCCGAGUGAUCCAAUUGACCGAAGGCGAAAUAAGGUAUUUGGAGAAAGUGAUGCUAUUUGGAAGCGAUCCGCAACGAAUGCAAGCCUGGGAUAAUGGCAGUUUUGUGCCUGAUGAUGCUCUUAGAGCUGCUCAACUUCAGGGCAUCAGCAGAAGGAUGAUAGGGCUAACCCGUGGUGCAUCGAAGUUACCAACUUACAGAAGAAAGUUUCGACACGUGAUCAAGAACUUGAUCAUAUAUAGUAUACCGAGCGACGAUGCAACGAGAUCUAUGUCUAUGAGAUCAGUAGCAAGUGUGUAGAAAAGAAGUUGCCAAUUUUGAUGUCAAUCAAGUGAUGUUCAUAUUAUUUUCGGUUUUGUUCUUCUUGAUAUGGUUUUGGUCGUACAAAAGUUGCGUAGAUUUACACUUUUUUCGUGUAGGCCCUUUGUAUAUAUUUUACUCUUUUUAGAUCAUUUCAUCUGGUUUAGGUUGGUUUUCAUUUUG